GUUGCUAGACAGGAAAUGCACAAACACCUGCAAUCGCCAUAUUGGAUUAGAAAAAGAAGAAUUAACAUUAUAAGACCCCCGGACCAUGUACUACAGUAAAAACCCCCAAUGUGCCUUGUGUGAUACGCCUAACCCCCAGUUGUCAUAUUGUAACAAAUGCUACGUCGAUCUUUGCGAGACCUGUGUUGAGAAACAUGUUUCAAGUUAUUCAGUAAAACAUCGAAUUGUAACAUUCAAAGAAAGAAAAAAGGAACCUAAAUAUCCGAAAUGCUCAAGACACAUUGGGAGACCGUGUAAACGUUUUUGUUUAACAUGUAACAUUCCUUCUUGUGGGCAGUGUUAUUCAUCCUAUGAGCAUAAAGGACAUUAUCUCGUUGAAUUUUUUGUUAACUUGGCAAAAGCAAGAGAAGAGAUAUCAAUAGAUUUACAAGAGUUGGAAAACUCCAUUUAUCCCGAAUAUCAGAAGUUUGCACCUUAUAUUUCGAGUCUGAGAACUAAUCUGAAAAAAUAUUCCCGAAAAUUGGCGAAAGAUCUGAAUAAACGAAGAGAAGAAUUGAUCCGAGAGAUAGACGACAUUAUCAACAAACUAACCUCAGAUUUCGUUGAUGUAAAAAAUAAUUUUCUGUUCGCUCUGAACAAACAGGAACACGAAAUCAAACAAACCGUACCCGAAGUCAUUCAAAGCAUUGAGGAGUUGAAGAAACUGUCAAACUCCAACGAUGGGUGCCUUGUCUCCGAAUACAUAUCCAGGAAUGCUGAAUUCAGAAUGUUGCUUAAUAAAAUCGAAGUCUGCCUACCAAUAUUCACUCCUGGAAAGCUUAACAAAAAGAAAUUUUGGAGACAAUUUGGUUCUCUCUCACUGCCUUCUGUGGAAACAGAAAAUCAUACAAACAACAUAGAAUACUCGGAAACGAGCCAAUCUCCCCCGGUCCAACCUCUACCGGAUGUGCCUCAAUCCCCGGAAAGGAACCCAUCUCCCCCUGUUCGGCAUCUACCGGAUGUGGCUCAGUUCCCGGUAAUGAACCCAUUUCUCCUGCCCCGACCUCCACUGGAUGUGCCCCAGUCACCAGAAACGACCCCAUCUCCCCCGCUUCGACCCCUACUAGAUGUGCCUCAAAUCCUGAAAGCAAUAGACACAGGGUCUGCACAUCUAUCCAGCGUGGCUUUACUUAGCGAUGAGGAGUUCUGGACAACUGGGAACGACUGCAUCAUCACGCUCCAUAAUCUCCAGGGUCAACUAUUGCAGUCAGUCCAAACCAAGUCUGGGAUCAAGCCAUCAGAUAUAGCAGUGACAUGGAAUGGGGAUCUAGUUUAUAUUGAUCCGCCGUUUAGAACUGUGAACAAAGUAUUGAAUACACAGGUACAGGAGUUGCUUACGCUUCGGGAAUGGAGACCCCGCCAUGUCUGUUGUACCAUAUCCGGUGAUAUUCUAGUUGUUAUGGUUAGUGAUGAUAAACAAACGAAAGUUGUACGUUAUUUUGCAUAUGGGUCCAAGGAAAUUCAGUUCAAUGACAAAGGGGAUCCCCUCUAUUCGUCUGGUCAAUACUCUUUAUACAUUAGUAGUAACAGGAACGGUGAUAUUUGUGUAGCUGACAACGAAGCGGGUGCAGUUGUUGUUGUCAGUGAGUCCGGGAAAUUUCGAUUUACCUACACAGGUUCUCAAACCUAUAACCGGAAGUUGUCAUUUAUUCCAGUCGGGAUCGCUACGGAUGGUAGUUUCCGGAUACUUACGUCAGACCGCCUCAACAACUGCAUACAUAUCAUAGAUCAAAACGGAGAGUUCCUGCGAUACAUUGACAGCUGUGAUUUAGAUGAUCUGUGGGGUUUAUGUGUGGAUACCAAAGAUAAUCUCUUUGUGGCCGAGUGGAAAAAAGGUCAAGUGAAAAAAAUCCAAUAUUGCGAAGAAAUAAAUUGACUGUGCAAUAUAUACGAAAAAAAACCCAACUAUUAUAGAUUUUUUUAGAUUAAUUGUCAAAAAAUUGACUGUAUUCAU